ACUGUCAUGUCAACUGUCAAGAUGCUUUAUUGUUUAUUGUAUGAUAUAUACGCGUGUAUGUGUGUAAAUAUAUGUGAACUUUCUCAUUUGAUCUCGCCCCAAAUAAUUCAUUUUCGGGCAAUCGGAAGCUGUGAGACAACUAAAUUAAUGAAGCGAACAAGAGCAGCUGCGAAAAUUCAGCAGCAAAAUACAAUCGAAAAAAAUGAUGAAGAAACUAUACAAAAGAUCCAAACGAUGGUAAUAUUGAAUGAAAGACAAAAACUAAACUUCAAGUCUUUACAAAAUCAAGAUAGCAAAAAUGAAUCUGAUACAAGCAAUCCUUCUAUUACUACAGCCUCUAAGAAAUCCAAAAGUAAUCAGAGAGGGCCAAACACAAAAAUUCACAUGAAGGAAGGAGAAAAGUUGAAACCAAAUACGAAUCUUGGCAAAGGAAAGUUGAGGGCUGUUGUGGAUUUGGAGAUGAUGAAAAAAGAAUUAAGUCAAUUAGAGGAUCCUCCUACAACACCUUGGGAAAAGGAAUUAUCUUCUAAUCGACUGCAAUAUAAAUUCUUUGAUAUUCCCUGUGAAGAAUUAGCACAGCAACUCCUAGGGAAAGUACUUGUAAGAUAUCUCGAGAAUGGAACUAUCCUCAAAGGCAGAAUUGUAGAGACUGAGGGAUAUUUAGGUGCGAUCGACAAAGCAUCGCACACUUAUCAAAACAAAGUUACACCUCGUAAUCUACCAAUGUACAUGCCACCAGGAACUAUUUAUGUUUACAUGACAUAUGGCAUGUACCACUGCUUCAAUAUCUCUAGUCAAGGUGACGGAUGCGCGGUGCUGGUACGAGCCGUCGAGCCUCUGGAGGGUAUCAUGUGCAUGGCUAAUCAGCGCAACACCUCGAAGAUAAGGAAAAAAAAUCUAAAGCCGCAUGAACUGUGCAACGGUCCUUCGAAGCUCUGCAUGGCGUAUCAAAUUAAUAAGGAGCAUAGCAGAUAUUCUCUUUGUACAUGGAAAGGUCUGUGGAUCGAGGAUGACAGCGCAGCGGGGGAUUUCAAGAUCGUCAAGUCCGCCAGAAUUGGAAUUGACAGUUGUGGUUCAGAAUGGGCCAACAAACUUUUACGCUAUUAUGUCUAUGGCAGUAAAUCUGUCAGUAAAAAAGACAAAAAGGCAGAGAUGGAGAUUUUUUAAUAUUUGGAAACUUUUUUUGAAUUGUAUUGUCUGAAAAAAACAUAAAGAAAUCCAGUUUACACUUCUUUAUGUUUCAACAUAAAAAAGACUGAUAUCGAUACAUCGAUUUUAAUAGUAUUUUCUCGGAAUUUAAAUCACUGUAAAACAGAAGUUUGAAUAUCUGUAAACGAGAUACUAACAAUAAUUUACAUCAUUGAAAAUUCCAAAACAAACUUUUUCGCCAGGAGAAUUAUUUGUAUAAUUCUUUUUAUUCUUUUCGUCUUUUAAGUGAUAAAAUAUUGUGCUAGUGCUAAAUAAAAAAUUUAUUAACAUUUCGCUAUAAAAGUGAUUUAUAAAUAAAUUCGAUGUAUUGACUUUUAUUAUGACCUGUUAGUUAUCUUUAACUUAUAAGGAAGCAUAAAUAUCUCCAAUAAUAAUAUUAAUAAAAAGUUUAUAUAG